AUGAAUGCGCUCGCGGCUCGGGCGGCGUUGUCUGCACUGUACACCGCGUCGACGUCAUCGUCGUCACUCGAAGCGGCGGGCACCCAUGCGUGGACGACGGUGGCGUCGGCGGCCGCGGCCGUGGUCUCGAACGGCACCACCGCCGCCGCCGGGCUGCCCGACGGUGGACCGCUGCAGCCCAGGUUCACGCUGUCCCAGACGGUGUUCAUCGCGCUCGUGUCCGGCAUGCUCAGCUUCGUCACCGUGUCCGGCAACAUAAUGGUCAUGGUGUCGUUCAAGAUCGACAAGCAGCUGCAGAACAUCAGCAACUACUUCCUGUUCAGCUUGGCGAUGGCCGACUUCUUCAUCGGGCUCAUAUCCAUGCCGCUGUUCACCGUGUACACCAUACUCGGCUACUGGCCGUUCGGUCGACACGUGUGCGACGGCUGGCUGGCGCUCGACUACCUGGCCAGCAACGCUUCCGUGCUCAACCUGCUGCUGAUCAGCUUCGACAGAUACCUGUCCGUCACCAGGCCGCUGACGUACAGGGCCAAGCGGACCAAAGGCAAAGCGUUGCUGUUCAUAUCGGCCGCGUGGAUCAUUUCACUGGGCUUAUGGCCACCUUGGAUAUAUCUGUGGCCGAUCAUAGAAGGUCGUCGGACCGUGCCCGAAAUUCAGUGUUACAUACAGUUCAUACUGACCAAUCAGUACAUUACUUUCGGUACGGCCAUUGCCGCCUUUUACGUGCCGGUAACGGUCAUGUGUUUUCUGUAUUUCCGAAUAUACAGAGAGACAAAAAAGAGACAAAAAGACUUGCCGAAUCUGCAAGCCAUGAACAAACCACACAACGAUCACCAACACGAGGAAUCGUGGGGUCGCAUACGGUCCGAGUCGAAUCAAGUAAAUUCGUUGGAUCGACGAGAAAUGUAUGAGACCAGUUCGUUGCGCAAGGCGUACUCUCAGUGUUCAUUGAAAGCGAGACGCCUGCUGACGUGGUCGUGGCUGCGCGAUUGGUGCGUGGACUGGUGGCACUCAGGCCGCGACGACGAGUACGACGAGGAAGAUGACCAGACGCCAAGUGACGUGCCUGGUGGCAUUAGCUACGGUACGACCGUGUCCAGGUCGACGUCUCUGAACGUCAUACAUCAGCAGCAGCCCACGACGCCCACGCCGAUGAAAUCCUAUCACGUGGUCAACAAUAACAACCGGCUGACCAACCGGUCCUUGUCCAAUGAUUCGGUGUACACGAUCGUGAUAAAGUUGCCGGGCGACACCGACCUCCAAGACGCGCCGACGGUGAGGCAGUAUCACGGGUGUUACGAGGAGUCGCGGCGGCACGGUGCGGGCGGCGGCCCAAUGUCGCGCCGGCCGUCGUCGCAGGACAUGCGGCUGCCGCUGAGCGCGGCGAAGAUCGUGCAGCCCAAGCAGCUGACCCGGGCGCAGGGGGCCGCGUUCCAGGCCAAGGAGAAGAAGAAGAAGAAGUUCCAAGAGAAGAAGAGCGAGCGGAAGGCGGCCAAAACGCUGUCGGCCAUACUGCUGACGUUCAUCAUCACGUGGACGCCGUACAACAUACUAGUGCUGCUGAAACCGUUCACGGCGGCCACCGGGGGCGACGACGCCGGCGGAAACCAGGCCGACAGCAACAAGGAGUGGGUGACGCAGGGCAUGUGGGACUUUUUCUAUUACCUGUGCUACAUCAACAGCACCAUCAACCCGGUGUGCUACGCCCUGUGCAACGCCACGUUCCGCAUGACCUACGUGCGGAUACUCAAGUGCAAGUGGAACACCCGCAGGCAGCCACCGCACUUCCGCGCGUGA